AAAUUUGUAAAGGGUCGUAGUGCCAGCCAUUGACACAGGAUACACCGUUUGUUUACCUUCAACAUCAGUGAUAAAACUUCUUGACAGCAAGUCCCGUGACACCCAUGACCACCCUUGACACGGCUUGACUUGUGCCUUGUCUGUGAUGUGACGUGACCGCCAGGAACAUCAUGUCCAAGGGAGAUGACGAUGGGUGGAGGGAGAGACUUGGUAUAGACUUUCAUAUAGAAUUAUCUGACUCCGACAUCGAGGACGACCUCUGUACCUCCAGGGGUGAGGACAAGUCAACAAGGGCCUUCUUCAAAAACAGUGGUACAAGCGAUGACUUGGCAGCACCUGAAGAUGUGGAGGGGCUGGAGAGCUUUGACUCUUUCACACAUGAAGAGGAGGAACUGGCACAUUACUUGAAAGAGUUCGGAAAGACUCCUCCACGCACGGCCCGGCAAAGGCGACAGAAGGAGAGGGAUGCCUACUGCUCACAAGCCAAGGAAGCAGCCAAGACAAUAAAGGCAACUUUAAAACGUCGUAACACUGCGGAGCGAUUUCUCUCUCUUCCUGGCUUCUCAGAUCAUGGCAUCCCUGAAGUUUCCCCGGAGAAAACGAGGCAGCAGUACCGGGAACAGAAACGAUCGAAGGACCGAGUGCGUUCCCAAGACCGAGAGCUAAAACAGUCAACUUUAGAUAACCCAACUAAUGCUAUGAGCACUUUGACGACAGCUGAUACUGAUGAACGAUGUGAGAGUCUGCCGCCCCUGUCACCAGCUGUUAAGGUUGACUCUAAGUCACGCUAUAUGAGUGUGUCGUGUAGGAAACUGGGAGAUGGGGCCGAUGCUGAUCAAACUGAUGACCGAAAGGUGUCUACCGCAGAACUACCCCCGGAACGUGUUUGUUAUUUUGCCCAGCUACAGAGUCUACUCAAAACUGGAAGUCAGGAAACUGCCUUUAAUCAUCGCCAACAGAGGAGCGAGGAAGAGGUGCUGUACCAACAGGAAUUGUAUGAGAUGCUCUGGCUGGAGCUCCAAGCAUGGCAAGCUGGUCUGGACUCCAAUAUGUUCGACAUUGAAUUGAUUUCUCGGAGACAUGAGGUUUAUGAUAUAAUACAGGAAGUUUUAAGCUUCAAGUUUGAUCCUAAUAAACAUGAGAAACAUCAGGACAAUGUUGAAAUCCCCUCAAAAAUGAAGAUAACCACAGUGGAUGAACUGGUGACCGCGGGAGAACUGAGGAUCGCUGGGAUUGCUGUGAGUUCUGCCGACGCGGCGGACGGUGUGGGAAUAAGUCGAAUGGCUGAGGGAGAGGAUGACUGUGUUGGAUGCCUCUCUAUUUGGUGUAAAGGAUGCCAGGAUAAGCAGACAGAAUGCCUCAUCCAAGUUGCAUCAUUACUUAAGCGGCUAGAUUAUGUGGAGUCUCUUUUUCCUUCUACCAAGAAAUUAGCUUUACAUUUCCCAGAGUGGGAACAAACAGAAUUUGUUAAUAGAUACAAGGCUCUGUGUGUGUGGUACAAUACAAGUGUCCAAUUAAGAAUGAAAAUUGAGGUCCUCGGUAAGCUACUUGGAAACAUGACCAACACCCUCAUACCGUGGCCCACAUUUAGCAUGUGCUUCACUGGCAUGGCAACUCCCACCUCAAGUUACGACUCCGGUGCUCCGUUAGCAACUGCCUACGAGGAGUCGCCGCAGGAAACAGAAACACAAGCUUGCAGUACGACAUCUUCAGUCCGCUUUGUAAUAGACUACGAUAAGACUGACGCCAGCUCUAAUCCAUCCGAUUCCAGUAACUCAACAGACUCUGGACACACUACUGCCAGCACCAACAGUGGCCUUCUGAUGCCUCCUGGGCACAUGUCUGCUCCUCCUCCAGGUGGACUACGUCGCUGCCUCAGUGAUAUCUUCAUGGAGGCCAACCCUUACAGGAAAUAUGUUGAGAAGUUAUUACGAAAUAAGGGAAUGAAGAAAACAUUUGAUAAAGUGGCAGAAGUGAUUCGUGAUGUAAUGUCCCGUACAAUGUGUAUCCUGGAGGAACCUCACAGGACACUACGAGGUGGAAAACUGCACAGGCAUGGAUCUGAUGUCCCUUCUGUAGCAUUGGCCGAGACCUUACAAGAAUUGAAUCGAUUUGGGCCAUGGACUCCCAAGUUUGAAUCUAUGGAACUUCCUCCAUUCUAUGCAAUGUUUAUCUUCUUAGCUGCAGUGUCCCUUCAGAUGAUGAGGGAGUGUUUAAAACUGCGAUUGGAACAAAUGCCAGAGAAGCCAUCACGACUUAGUAUUAAGGAACUUAUGAGAGAGUACAAAGAAGGGGUGAAGUUUGCUGUGGUAGUAAGACAGAAGUACUUGCGGUCGUGCCAGGCGCUCUUCACACACCUCACCCAGCAACUACGGGAAAACUUGGAACUGCGACAGAAUCAAGCUAUAGAAGAACUUGAUGCAAAUAUCAAAAGACUGUUAGAGGUGUACCUAGAAUGGUUGGAUCAGUUUGUGUGUAUGUUGCAUCGAGAACCUCAUGCUUCAAGUCUGCAGCGCAAUUUCCUUCAAGAAGAGUGGCGCUUUGUUCAGGCUACUUGUCCUCAUGUUACGGAGGGAGACAGCUUGGCUGCUACACGUUUCUGUAACAUAGCGUGUCACAUGCUGUGUAGUGUGGGUGAUUUUAUUGAUACCGGAAUUGACGAUCAAAUGGCAGCCUUGCAAGACUCCACCUUGGAGAACCUCGAUGACCUGAGUGAUGAUGACGACUUGGAACAAGAUGAUAUUCAGAAAAAGCGACUUUUGCAAAGAUGUAGAGCGUUGCAAGUCCUCCUCGCAGAGACUCGUGAGCGAGCUUUACGAGCGGCUGGACUGGCUAAAAUGUUGCGGAAGGAUCUAGAGGUUGCUGCAGAAUUUUGCCUCCGUGGUGAGCCUUCAGUUGUUUUGGAUAAGUUGCGGGAAACGGGUCACAUACGUGUCAUCGCUCCGCACAGCCAGAACCACUUCAUCUUUGUCCCAGGUCGCAUCAAGGAUAAGAGAGAGUAUAUAUGGCACCUGUUGGACAUGCGUGUAGGUGGUAUAGGAUUGGAGCACGAAGAUGACGAUGGGGGCGGCUAUAUGAUUUUAAUGAGGUGCGAUGAAUAUGAUACUUUAUCAAAACUCUGGACUGGUAAAGUGAUAGAGAUUGAACCUACAGCUGACUGCACCAUUACCCUCUCAAGAGUCAUGGUGACAAGUUUGUUGUUGGUUGUAUCAAGUGGCACAAUAUUGACUCCAGUGCGUCGAGAGUUCCAGAGAUCCAUGGGUAAUACUGUGGCCCUCAUACAUGACCAGACGGCACCCAACAAGGCAGUUACACAUUCCAUUGAUGAACUUAAGGGAGCAGCCCUUGAGCUUUGUGAGAGUCUUCUUCAGAACAUUAAGCAGGUGGAGAAUAUGACAGACCUUGAGCAGACCACACCUGAUGUAGAGGAUGGAGAACGUCGUCAGCUCCGUCUUGUUACUCGAGAUGUUGUCCACCAGUACUUUAUGUUUGGGUUUGAGUACCAUAAGGAAGUUACUCGACUUGUCACCGGUCAGCACCGUGCAGACGUUGCCCCGCUGUUGGUGUCUCUAGCCAGGAUGUGGAUGACGUUUAUAGAGUCACAUUAUUCACAUGGGAAAGGCAGUCGACCACGGUGGGCAAAUGCUGGGCUGGAAUUCAUCGUGUUUGUUUGUGAUCCACACAAUACAAAACACCUAAAAGAAGAAGAUUUUCAGCAACUUGUAAGGGAAAUUGAAUCAUGCCGUGCGUACAUCGUGGGCACCGCUCCAGAGGUUAAACAGCCAACCACCCCACUAACUCCAGUCCUUCCUAGACACUUCAGGUCAUCAUCCUCGUCAUCCACAAUCCAUUUGCCGCCAGAGAGAUCCUUAUCCACACAGUCCUCCCAGAGUGAUUAUUCCCCCGUAGUAAAUCCAACGGAGAGUCCAUUUUUAAGAAGAAAUCACACGAGACGCAGCCAUUCCAGCAUGGAAAAACCAGUUGACCAGAGUGACUGCCCUAGUCAAAACACUCCAGAAAAGCCAAUAGAAAGGGUGCGGAAAAAAAUUGUGUCAAUGGACCUUGAAAUCGAUGAUUCUCUCAGAGAGGAUAAAGUGAUAGGAAGAGUAUCCAAUACUCAGAGGGACAGGAUUCACUUCAAGCCUCGCAGUGUUAGUUUCUCGUGGCAGAGAGGCUUCAAAAUUGGUGCUGGAAGGUUUGGCAAAGUGUACACAGCCGUGAACAAUAACACUGGGGAGCUGAUGGCCAUGAAGGUCCUCCCGCUGCAGCCCAAUGACCACCGCUCCAUCCGACGUGUUGCUGAUGAGCUGCGCAUCUUUGAGGGCAUUAGUCACCCACACCUUGUCCAAUGCUACGGUGUGGAGAUACACAAUGACGAGAUGUUAAUGUUCAUGGAGUACUGUGAGGAAGGCACACUUGAGAGUUUAGCUACCAGCACAGAAACUGGGCUUCCUGAAGAGCUCGUACGCAAGUAUACAAGGCAGCUAUUGGAGGCAGUGAAUGUACUGCACGAGCAGGGUGUGGUUCAUAGGGAUAUCAAGGGUGCAAAUAUCUUCCUCUCUGAUGAGGCUAACACACUGAAACUGGGAGACUUUGGGUGUGCGGUCAGGCUGCGUGGUCAUCAGACAGAAAUAGGAGAAUUGGCUGGUAUCGUUGGUACUCACGCAUAUAUGGCACCCGAGAUAUUCCAGUCUAGUGAAGGUCAUGGUCGAGCUGCUGAUGUUUGGUCUGUGGGAUGUGUCGUCAUAGAGAUGGCCACAGGCAAAAGACCAUGGCCCCAGUAUGACAGCAGCGUUCAGAUAAUGUUCCGUGUAGGGAUGGGAGAAUCUCCAUCCAUUCCCAAACAGCUUUCAGAAGAGGGUCACGAAUUCUUAGGUGGAUGUUUUGUCCACGACCCCAAAUCUCGGUCAACAGUAGCCCAGCUGUUAGACCAAACGUUUGUGAAGGUUGACACUGGUGAAGACUGCACAUCACUGCCUCUCUUCUCUCACACACCGUUUGUGCCUUAUAUGAAGCUUCUGUCAAGUACGUGAUUCAGCUACAGCUCAUAGGUAGACGUGGUAUUUAAAAUCUUGAGAUGGUACAGUCAGCUCAAGGGGAAUUCGCAGCAUAUCUUACUACUUACCUGUGUGUAUAUGUGUGUGUGUGCGUGCAGUUUUCUUUACGUGUAUGUAAAUUUUAUUCAGAAUGCCUGUACAGUAUACAAUCCUCCUCUUUACUUUCACAUAACACACACAGUCACCUGACGGGAAUAGAGUGCAUCAUGCGAGAAAAUUUAGUUCCUACUGCAGUCUAGUUCAUGAGGGGCUUUUAGUACAGGAGUUGACGAGUUAAUUUAAAACACGUGGGUUUGAUUGUAAUGCAAGUCUAUAUUUGAUGCUGUCCACAAGUAAAAUAUACUACUUAGACUUUAUUUUUUCAUGUUGUUAAAGUUUAUGAGCAGCUCUUCUGCCGAUAUAUGUGUGCAGUUGAAUAUACAGAGUGCAGCUUUUGACUCUUAUGAGUGUCUUUUCCUCUUAUAAGACUGUUCUAUGGGUUUAUUUAUUUAUUCAAGUUUAAUAUAAUCAGAAACAGAUGUAGUCAGUCAUUCCUCCAUGCAUCUUAAAUCCUUUAUGCUCUUGCUACCUUACAGUUGUGUACUGAAGGACUCCAUUACAAUUUUAAAGAGAAAUAUUUACUUUGGAAUGUGUACAUGUACGAGUAGUUUAAAAGGGUUCAUGGUAGCUGCAUUUGCCUUAGUCCGGUAAACUACAUCAGUUUAUAUAUAAUAAUAAUUUUACUCAAUGCUUCCAUACAUUGACAAUUAUACUCCAGAACGAGGUACACUGUCAUGAAUUAAUUGUUAGUUAAGCAUGAUCAGUUAUGGUGCAGUUGUUGUAUAGUAUUUGAGUCUGUUAUGAAGUGUACAUAGUGGUGGUAUACACAGCCUGACAUGCCAUACAGAUACGGCAACAUUUAUAGAGGACUGUUAAUAUAAAACAAAGUAAUAUACAGUACUACAAGUUUUAGGAAUUAUUCAAAAUACAUUAAAAGGUACUACAAAAGUUGUAGUUUUUAUUUUAGUGUUUGGUGGCAGUCAUUUGUCACAGUCAGGAGCAUUACUGAUGUUUGAGGGUGCAGUAUUAAUCACUUGCAUAUUUUAAGUUUCUAACAAAUUCUUUAAAUUUAAAGAAUUAUUUUAUUUCAAUAUAUUUUUUCUAAUUGUUUGUAAAUUCAACUCUGGUGUAUACAUACGGAGCAGUUUAUUUAUGUUGAUCUUGUAUAUGUACACUAAAUAGUUUGUAUGUACAGUAAACAGCUUAUGCAUGUACAUUGAGCGACAAAUUAUCUUCCCAGUUUUGGAUGAAUGUAUCACAGAAUACUCUAGCCUUCCAACACUCUCUGGGAAACUUUUGAACAGUUGGUGGGUCUGGAGAGGACUGAUUAUGAGUUAACAGGUGCAUAAUUUAAUUACACUCAGUACCGUGAAGUACAUACAGUAUGUCAUUUACCACUUAGGGAUGUUAUGAACCAUAUCUCAGGGCUUCUCGUGCCAACUGUUCACAUGUAGUUGAGAUAAAUCUUUUGUUUUAUUUUGCUGUUUAAAAAUUCGUAAGACAAAACUGGGAAGAUAGUUUUGUCACUCACUGUACAGCUUAUAUAGUGUGUCUCAGAAAAAUGUCUGUGCCUCCCUCCCUGCCUGCCUGCUCCCUGAGACACUGAGUUGGAGGAAGGCAGAGAGCAGGCAGGGAGGGAGGGAUGCAGGUACAUUUUUCUGGGACAUCCUAUACUGUAUAUGCACUAAAUGAGUGAAAAAACAAAUUGAUGACAUUAAUCUAGAAACACCAACAUAAGCCAGUAGCCAGAGAGAGUUUGUGAGAUUCUUGGGAAGCUUAUUGGGUUGUAGAAGACAGUUGAGGCAUUGUCAGCUUGCAGUUCCUUUCUGUUUUAUAAUGAUUUCAGUGAAGUUUGCUCAUUCGGGAAAGAGUUAGUACAGUACAGUAUAGGUGUGCCUAAUGACACGUAGGAGGUCCGGGUCUCUCCUCGAAUCCAUAGAAUAUAAUCUGGUGAAUUAUUGAACAUUUCUUUCUUCUUAUUUUUUGUGUGUAUGUUUACUAUGUGUUGAGUAUGUGUCUGUCUGUCUUUUUAUGGCCAUUUUCCACCCUUACACGAUUCUCUCCUCUAUUAUUUCCUUCCAUUCUUUAGGGUUGUGUUUCUCUUGAUCUUUCACACACAGAAAUAGGAGAGGAGUACAGAUAAUAAUUAGACAUAUAAUGAGUUGUUUGGUAUGUGCAAGAGCAUUAACGAUGAGCUUCAGUAUUGUAGUUAUGUAGGUGAUAAUGUCGUAAGUGCUGCAGGUAUGUCUGAUUCUUCAAUAUUUUUCAUAUAACAGAGAAUUUGAAGAACUACUACUAUGAUAAGGGCGUUCACAAGGUAUGAAUUAUUAUAAUACAGUAUAUUCAUUAGUAGUACGGUAUCUAUCUAUACAUACAUAUAUUUACACUGUGUAUAUAUACUAUUUCUCUUAAUGUUUAUAUAUACUGUAGUACACUUUUAUAUAGUAAUUUGAUAGCAUUUCUAUAUUAGCCUAAAAAAUAAGGAAAUUACUGAGCUUCAGAUACAACAAUAUGGGGUAUCUCUUUUCCUCUGAUACAUAUAGUACAGUACAUGUUUAUAUUCUUCCAAUGCAAUGAUAGUAGUAGAUAUAAAGAACUAUUGUUUAGGAAAUAUCAAUUAAACUAUUUCUAAGCAGGGAAAGACUUCACCUGACUGAGAUAUUGUUAGUGUGUGUGUGUGUGUGUGGCAUUUAUCUCACACGUGUACAGUACAGUUGGCUGGUAAAUGAUAUAGGAUGUUCAGUUCAGUACAAGUUUUUUAUAAGUAUUGUACAGUGUCCAUAAAUUACUGACCUACUUUCAAACAUCACAGCCUCAAAAAUAUUAUAGGUGGAACACGUCAGUUUACUACACGUGAAGAACAACCUCUUUUAUUCUCGACUUAGAAGACUUCCACGUGUCCUCUGUGUUCUGUUUGUGAUUUUUUUUUUUAGGUUAAUACGUUUUAAAAUGGGUCAGAUAAUUUAUGGACACCUUGUAUAAUGAUCACUGAGUUGAGAAGAAACAGGGAGAUAUAAUUAGUUUAGUAUGUAGAGUGUACAAGGAGGCAAGUGCUUGGAAAGAGGGAAGAGAUAGAGAGAGAAAUAUGUAUGUAGAAGUUAGAGGGAAGAGAUGUAGUUGUGAUAUAAUCUCAGAUGGUUAGUUAGAGUUUGUUAAAAUAUAGAUCUGCUGAGGCUAAAAUAUUAUAAAAACAAGAGUAAGAGAGCAAGAAUAAUAUGCUGUAGUAAAUGGCAAAAUAAGUCACUUACAUGAAGCCCCACUAAACAUCAUAAAUACAUCAGGAAACAACAUGAAAUGUUUUUUAUUUUCUGGAUAAUUUUAAUGAAGAAUGUAUAUAGGUAAGAGUAGAGUGUAUUGGGGUCAUUAAUCAGUCUCAUGCAGCUGGAAAGAAAUCACGGGUGUCCAGGAUAUCAGUGUAUUACAGUGUUUGUUACCCCAAGUACUGUACAGAGCAGUAUUGGGCUACCAUCAGUAUUGACCUCAACACUGUCAGGAUAUACUACCAAAGAAUUAGAGGUACAGGAGUUUUUCAUUAUCUGAGAUUAGUAGGGACCAGAAAAUUGCCACUUAAAGCAAAUGAACUUAUACUCGGGAAUCUGAAGAGAACGGAGUUGUCUAUCACGCACUCGCCACUUUUCUUCUUAUGAAUAUCGUCUAAUUUCAAUUCCAAUCCAUAGCUGCUAUGCUUUCUUUUAGGGAUUGUACCUAUUUUAGCUCUAGCACUAUACUUUGAACUCAUGGCUAAGUAUAGUUCAACAAUAAUUUGGCCACUUAAAUGCGAAUCCACGGAUAUUGAUGACUCCGAUAACAAGGAACCCAUUUACAGUACAGCGUAUGUGGUAUUUAAAAAUUAUCAUACAAAGGAAAUAGAUAGGUUUACUGUUAUUUGUUGGGAUAGAGAAUAUUAGACACUUGUAAACUGAGUCUUGUGUUAGAUAUAAAAAACCUGUUUAUUACUUCCAUAGGUUAUAUUUAAGUUAAUAGUUGAAACUUCUCUUCACAAGUAUUUUAUUUUAACACAUUUUAUGAAUAUGUGAUGGGUGAAAUUAUUAUGUGAUAGGAUACAAAUGUUAAAAAUUUUGACUUUGGCAGCUGUAUAUUGUACUUGUAAUUGUAUUACCUUUAAAGAAGACAUGGUCAUGUCAUAUUAGCAAGAAAUAAUAUACAGGGUGGUACAUAACUUGCUAUACCAAGAAUAAUUAUAAUGAAAAUAUUCUUAUGUAAUGCAACUCAUGAACCAUCCUGUAUUAUGAUGGUAUCUUAAUCCAGUCAUGUUUACUGUGUAUGUGUUUGGUCAUUGUAGAGUGAAUUCAUAUAUGUACUGUAUUUGUUUUGUCCUGUACCAUCAUGACAACAUACCCACAUACCUGUGAUUAUAAUUUUAAAUUUUCUCAUUGUUCAGUAAAGUAACUCAGCCACUUUUGUGUCCUCGGCAUAACCCAAUCAUAAAUAAAAGGAAAAAUCACUUGCUUCAGUUUUCUUUUUAUGGGGUAUCAAGUCUUGUGAGAAAUGCCCAAAUUGAUGUUCAUGGUCUCACUGUUUAGUCUGUAAGUUGAGAGUAUCUGUCUACCCGCUUGGAAUAGGUUUAAUGUGAGGGACUGAGAGAGCUGGCAUCUCCUAUCCAUAAUCUUUACUUCCCAAUAAUGUAAAACUGUAUCUGCAAAAGUUACAGUAUAUAUUUUUUUUAUAAUUUUAUCUUGGAAAUAAUGCUUACUGUAUUCUAUAUACACAUAUAUAAUUACUAAAAUCUGUCCACCGUCAAUGUAUAUUAUUUCUUGUCUGUCUUUAUUUGUUGUCUUUCUUUCUUGUGAUUGUGAUGUCUUAAAGUAUCCCACCAACUAUAUUACAGAGACUUGGUGUUAUUUUAAGCAAAUAUGUGUUUGCCAGUUUAUUAUGUACUUUUGUGUAUUCUGACUCACUUGUAAGACUUUGUGUCUCUUGUAUAAUAGCUGUGCAGCUUUCCUCUACUACCAUCAACACCUCCACCACCACCUCCAUCAUCAACACCUCCACCUCAAGUAUACAGUCCAGCUUAUCCAUAUACAUUGACAAAUUACAGUACAUCUCAUGUUGGUUAAGUGUCACUUGGUAAUACUCUACUAUACCUAUUUGAUUUUUUAUUGUAUGUAAACAAAGAUAAAUACAAUGUUUAUAUGAUAUUUAUGUGUGCAUUAUUGAUUGUAUUUUAUUCCUUGUAUUCUUUCAUCAGCUUAUGUAAGAUAAUGAUGUACAUUAUCUUAUACAGUAUUUACAAUUGUUUUGUGAUAGUUUGUCCAGAGUAUAUUGUUUCAUCAUUUUGUUGGUAUUUGUUAAUUACUCUCCAACUAUGGUUUUCCAAGGUGGUUAUUUUGGUGUUAUUCUGCAAGUACUUGAUCAGUCAAACCCGUUAAAUUCCAAUUCCGAGAAAAAAGUACCUGUAUUGUUCAGUCCCCAAAAUUACUAGGCAUUAGGCUUACCUUUUUGGCUGUAAUCUUGAUCUCAGUACAUGUACUCCUGAGCAUGCUGAUUCUGAAUCUAUGGUAAAAAAUUUGAUUGCGGGGUAAUUAGUGGUUGUAAUGAUGUUUGGAAGAUGUACAUCAUCUUAUAAUGUGCUUACAUUUUUUUUUUUUUUAGAUAUCUUGUAGUGAUAUUUUAUCCAACAUAACCAGUUUAUAUUGUUUUAUCAUUUUGUUGUCAUUUGCUAAUGUAUUAAGAAUCCAGAUAUUUUGAUAAUUUUGGAUCAUAUUUGAAAAGAUAUUCAGAGUAUAAGAUAUACAUCUUUACUUACAAGCAGUUGUCCAAUACCGGUAUGUAUUUACCAGUUUAUUUUGUACUUUGGUGUAUUCACUCCCAUUUGUAAGACACUGUGUCCCUUGGGUAACAGCUGUAUAUCUUAUUUCCUCUUUCCAAGAUGCUUUAUGAAGUCAAAUCAAAUAACUAUGUACACUACGGCAAUAUCAAACACAUGCAAUGUCAAAUCACGAGUAGAAAGGAUUUGUUGUACAUCUCAUGUAAGUCUUCAUAACAUGUUGAAGACUUUAUCACGGAAUACUUCAUUACACCAAAUAUCUUGAUGUUUAACACCAUCACAGACAGUGUUGUGAGUCUUCAACAACAAGAUAGAUGUAAUGAAGAUCUUGUGAUAAAGUCUUCAACAUCUUGUUAUGAAGACAGAUGUACAGCAACUCUUUUCUACUUGUGCUUUGACAAGACCUCUCUGGUCUUGUCAAGCACUUUGUAUUUUUAUAAACAAUUUCAUCAAAAUUAAAGAUUGUGUCUCCUCAAAA